UUAUCAGCUGUGCGACUGUUUGGAUUGGUCAAGUUUUUGUGCUGAACCGAGUUCUGCAUGGCAGGGCUCGCUGUGCAGAAAGGUUGCAGUGGCUCUAUUUGCCUUAAUCCAUUUUCCUCUCACUUCCUUGCUCUUUCACGCAGAGGAGGCAAGUGGCUGCUGUGGCAGCAGCAGUGGCUGAUCAUCCCUGAAAAUACCAAAGAAAAGAACUCAGCCGCCUCCUGGAUAUUUUUUUCCACUGGGGAUUAACUUGCCAUGAUUUUUUCAUUUUUCCGUCCAUCCUGCAAAAACUAUUUUUUUUUUUUUUUUUUUGCAAGAAGCAAACCAUGAUCUUAUAGCUGGAAAACAUAAGCAAAAGGUUUUAGCACAGCUCUGUCUCUUGGGGACAAGUUAGAAAAUUCUCAAGCCAGCAGAAGCAUAAGUGGGGAGAUAUAGAGCACUGGGGGGCUUCAGUGAGAUCCCGGGAUCCCAGGAGGAGAAUUUACAUUCAGAAAUGUUGGAGUGAAAAGUCCUCCUGGUUCAGCAUCUUGGACUUAAGUUCAGAAGAACAUUUUACAUCUGAAAGAAUUUGUUUCUCAAAACCUCUUUAUUUUGGCCGGCGAGUAUCAUGAAGGAUGGGAUGAGGUGUUGUGAAUAGAAGCACUACUCUGAAUCUGCUUCAGACAUUUAAAAUUUAACUCCAGGGAUCAUGUGUUGGGCAUGAUGAAGGCCACAGAGAACCUGGAUAAGACUACUGCCGUACUGAACCCCAACAGGACCCCCAAGGGCAGGUACAUUUAUCUGGAAGCGUUCCUGCAGGGAGGAGCUCCCUGGGGCUUUACUUUGAAAGGUGGCCUGGAGCACGGAGAACCAUUAAUCAUCUCUAAGAUCGAAGAAGGGGGCAAAGCUGACUCGGUGAGCUCCAAGCUGCGGGCUGGGGACGAGGUGGUGCACAUCAACGAGGUUGUGUUGAGCAGCUCCAGGAGGGAGGCCGUUUCCCUGGUGAAAGGAUCCUACAAGACCCUCAGGCUGCUGGUACGCAGAGAUGCGUGUGCAGACCCAGGCCCUGCAGGUACCGGUACCUCUGACUCCCUCAGCCCAGAGCCCCUCACCUCGGACCCCCAGCACAGGAAAGCAGCAUGGUCAGGAGGAGUUAAGCUUCGGCCGAAGCACAGGCGCAGCGACCCUGCAGGCCGACCUCACUCUUGGCAUUUAACCAAAUUGGGGGAGAACCAACCAGAGGGCAGCAUGAUGCAAAUCACUCCGGGCACGAUCGGCAGUCCUUGGCCCCAAAGAUACCAUUCCAGCUCCUCUACCAGUGACCUCUCCAGCUAUGACCACGCGUACCUGAGGCGAAGCCCUGACCACUGCAGCUCCCAGGGGAGCAUGGAGAGCCUGGAGCCCAGUGGGGGAUACCCACCCUGCCAUCUUCUCUCCCCUGCCAAGUCCACCAGCAGCAUUGACCAGCUCAGCCACCUCCACAACAAGAGAGACUCGGCGUACAGCUCCUUCUCCACCAGCUCUAGCAUCCUCGAGUAUCCGCCCCCUGGCAUCUCUAGCCGGGAGCGUUCAGGCUCCGUGGACACCACUUCUGCCCGGGGCGGCCUCCUAGAAGGGAUGAGGCAGGCAGACAUUCGCUAUAUCAAGACAGUCUAUGAUCCCCGGAGGGGAGUCUCAGCAGAGUAUGAGGUGAACUCUUCAGCUCUGCUUCUCCAAGGGAGGGAGGCCCGAGCAUCAGCAGAUGGCCAGGGCUAUGAUAAAUGGCACAGUGUUCCUCGGGGCAAGGGGGCGCCCUCCCCAUCCUGGAGCCAGCAAUGUCCCAGUUCCUCGGAGACAGCCACUUCCAACCUGGCUCCUAAAGCGGCCGCACCGCUGCCCCCAGCUCGGAGCGACAGUUAUGCAGCCUUUCGGCAGCGAGAACGGCCCAACUCUUGGUCUAGCCUUGAUCAGAAGCGGUUCUGUCGGCCUCAGGCAAACGUCGCAGCCUCCCUGAAAUCUCCCUUCAUAGAGGAACAGCUGCAUACUGUGCUAGAGAAGAGUCCAGAGAACAGCCCCCCAGCGAAGCCCAAGCAUAAUUACCCCCAGAAGGCCCAGCCUGGCCAACCUCUACUGCCAACUGGCAUCUACCCGGUACCUUCUCUGGAGCCACACUUUGCCCAGGUGCCCCAGCCUUCUGUGAGUGGUAACGGCACGCUCUACCCAGCACUGGCCAAGGAGAGUGGGUAUACAGCUCCCCACGGAGCUUGUGACAAAAUGGCUACCUUUGACGAGAACGGGAACCAAAAUGGAUCUAGCAGGCCUGGGUUCGCCUUCUACCAGCCUCUAGAACCUGAUUCAAUGUCCCUGGUAGAGAGGAAACCUGAAACUUCAGCCAAAUGUGUCCCCUACAGAGUCCAUUUCCCUUCAGUACCUGAAAAUGAGGAGGAUACCUCACUGGAGAGACAGCUCGCCCCUCUCCACGGCAGCAGCCCACAUCCCAAUGAGAGAAAGAGCGCCCACAGCAACAAACCAUAUUCUAAUCACCACAGCCUCAAAGUGGGUGAAGACAAGAGAUCUUCCAGGCCCUCAGAGCCCUGGGAGGGUGAUUUACACGCAGACCACAAUGCCAACCUGCAGCAAAGGCUGGAGAGGGAGAGCCUCCAGAGCCCGCCGAACAACUUUGGCAGGACCAAGUCAGCCUUCUCCUCUCUCCAGAACAUUCCUGAGAAUCUAAGAAGGCAGAGCAGCGUGGAGCCAGGAAGAGGAGCCCAGGACGGCUACCAGGAUGGCAGGUCCACCUGUGUAGUCAACAGCAAGGGGGAGGACUCUGGCAGGAAAGCUGUUCCCGAUCACAGGAGCCACCUGGACAGGCCAGUUUCCUAUCCAAGGCCCGAGGCGAGAACCAGUGCCUUGGCCUCUUUCCCAAGUUCAGACCCAAGGUACGAGGACCCUCCCUCUCCACCCCACCAGCAGACAUCCAGUCUGGGCCGGAGGCGGCUCAGCUCCAGCAGCGCCUCGGCUCUGCAAGGCUUUCAGUAUGGGAAGCCUCACUGCUCCGUGCUGGAGAAGGUUUCCAAGAUAGAGCAGCGAGAACAAGGGAGCCAGAGACCCCUAAGUGUGGGCAGCUCUCAUUAUGGCCAUAACUACAGGCCCAACAGGACGGUUCCAAAUUCUCAUCCUUUUGGGAAGGACUUUGAGGAGACAAAAAGCAAUAUCCGUUUUUCUGACCCCACUGAACCCAUAGGCAAUGGGGAGCAGCAGCACUUCAAAAAGGAGGAGCCAAAGCUGGAAGAGGUUACCCGGCAGCCACACGGUCAGCAGUUGAGGAGGGGUGGGGAUGGCGGCCGUGGCCUCCAGCUCCAAGGCAGCGAGCCCCCGAGGCGGGACACGCACCUGCUCCGCAGCCAGAGCACCUUUCAGCUCUUUGGCGAGACGGAGCAGGAGCCCCUGUGGCUGGACGACAGGCCCAGCACGCCCGAGUCACCGGUGCUGGACGCCCCCUUCAGCCGUGCCUACCGGAACAGCAUCAAGGACGCGCAGUCCCGCGUCCUGGGGGCCACCUCCUUUCGACGGCGGGACCUUGAGCCGGGGACACCCGCGGCUUCGAGAGCCUGGCGUCCAAGGCCCGCCUCGGCCCACGUGGGGCUGCGGAGCCCGGAGGCGGCGGCUUCCGCCUCCCCGCACACCCCUCGUGAGCGGCACAGCGUGACCCCGGCCGAGGGCGACCCUGCCCGACCCGCGCUCCCUGCCACCCGAAGGGGGCCGCGCCGUCGCCUGACCCCCGAGCAGAAGAAGCGCUCCUAUUCGGAGCCCGAGAAGAUGAACGAGGUGGGGAUCUCGGAGGAGGCCGAGCCGGCGCCCUCUAGCGCGCAGAAGAAGGGGCUGCGUUUCUCCGAGAGCACGGUGGCCGACCGGCGCCGCAUCUUCGAGCGCGACGGCAAGGCCUGCUCGACGCUCAGCCUGUCGGGCCCCGAGCUGAAGCAGUUCCAGCAGAGCGCUCUGGCCGACUACAUCCAGCGCAAGACCGGCAAGCGGCCCUCCUCCGCCGCCUGCAGCCUCCAGGAGCCCGGGCCACCGCGGGAGCGCUCCCAGAGCACCUACCUACAGCCCGGCCCCGCGGCGUCCGAGGGCCCCGGCCUCACCUCGGCCUCCAGCCUCUGCUCGCUGCGGGAACCGAGCCUGCAGCUCCGCAGGGAGGCUGCCCUCCUGCCCGCCGCAGCAGCGGGGGACGUGGGGGAGUCCCCACGGGCCCCCAGAGAUCGCAGCAGCUCCUUCGCUGGUGGCCAUGUCUUUGGGGAACUGCGACGUGGGGACCAAGCCCCGAGGGAGCUGCUCGCUGGAGCUAACUAUGGGCCGAAGGGCACCCAGAGGGUGGACAGGACCCCUGGGGAGCCCUCCUCGUGGGGGGCCGCAGCCAGGAGGGCUGGGAAGUCCAUGUCUGCUGAGGACCUGCUGGAGCGCUCAGACGUCCUGGCGGUUCCUGUCCAUGUGAGAUCACGGUCCUCUCCCACUGCAGACAAGCGUCAGGAUGUGGUUUUGGGGGAAAACAACAGCUUUGGCCCUGUGAAGGAUCCGUGUUAUUUGGCUGGCCCUGGGUCCAGGUCCGUCAGUUGUUCAGAAAGAGGCCACGAAGACAUGCUGUUGCUCAAACACCAUCCUAGCCUUCGUUGGGGUGGUUCAGGCUGCAAAGCAGUUGGUGAUUCCUCUGUACCCAGUGAAUGUCCUGGACCCCUGGACCAUCAGAGGCAGGCCAGCAGAACAACGCCUUGCCCCAGGCUGUUGCCCACAGGAAUGCAAGGGCAUCUCACAGACACUAGGGCUGCAUCCCUGACCCCGCUCAGCUCAGCUCUGCCUUCCCCCGUUCCCUCCAGCUCCCAGGCUGCAACCGAUCAGCUGACUGGAAGGGACUGUCAGACAGGGCAACAGCCUCUUCCUCCAUACACCUCAGCAGUGACCCACAGAAGCAAUGGUCACAGCCUGGUCCAGCCUGCCAGUCCAAGAGGCCACGAGCCCAACAGCCCAGAGCACGGGCUAGAAGAGGCAACGAGGAAGCGGGUCUCGUUGCCUCAGCGGCCUGCCCCACCUCGGGUGAAGUGGGCCCACACGGUCAGAGAGGACAGCCUCCCUGAAGAAUCCUCGUCACCUGAUUUUGGAGACCUGAAGCACUACAAAACACAGCAGACUCCUCCAAGCUCAGGCAGCACUCUAGACUCGCCUCUUGGGGCCCCAAGCACUCCAGGGAGGAUCUCCCUCCGAAUAUCUGAGUCGGUCCUGCUGGCCUCCCCACCACCUCGGGAAGAUGAUGAUGAUGAGGUGUUUGUGAAGGACUUGUACCCCAACGCCGCUUCCAGCCCCACAUUUGAACUUCCCCCACCCCCACCGCCUCCGCUGAGCCAGGACACCCCAGUGAAUAGCUUGGAUGACUUUCCUCCACCUCCUCCCCACGCUCUGUAUGAGGCAGAGCUGGACAGUGAGGAUCACAAGGAGCCCUGUACCAGCAGCUCCAGCAAAUUUGCCAAGGUGACGGUUGCCAAGGAAAGGCCCAUGCCUGGUACAGUCCAUUUGGUUGGCAGUCAGAUACCAGCUUCCAGAUCGCAAACUUCUAUCAAGGGUUCAGAAGCCAACGAGACCAACCCACCCUCCACCAUGGGCACUCUGCCCCAACUUGCUGGGGCUCUUGGCAAGCAGCCAGGCCCCGGGCAGCCAUCUCCCAUCCACAACCCAGUCAGUGGGACUCAGAGUUUAGAAAAGAAUGUUAAUUCUGGUCCUCAGAAGACCUCAGAAGACAUCAGAACAGAGGUUCUGGCAAAGGAAAUUGUCCACCAAGACAAAUCUCUGGCAGACAUUUUGGAUCCAGACUCCAGAAUGAAGACAACUAUGGACCUGAUGGAAGGUUUGUUUCCCCGAGAUGUAAACUUGUUGAAGGAGAACAGCAUAAAGAGAAAGGCCAUGCAAAGAACUGUCAACUGUGCAGGAUAUGAAAGCAAGAGGAGUGAAGACAAGGAGGCAGUGGGCAUGCUGGUGAACUGUCCUGCCUACUACAGUGUGUCUGCUCCCAAGGCUGAGCUUCUGAACAAGAUCAAGGAUAUGCCAGAGGAGGUGAAUGAGGAAGAGGAGCAGGUGGAUGUCAAUGAAAAGAAGGCCGAGCUCAUUGGAAGCCUCACCCACAAGCUUGAGACCCUGCAGGAAGCGAAAGGGAGUCUGCUGAUGGACAUCAAGCUCAAUAAUGCCUUGGGGGAAGAGGUGGAGGCUUUGAUCAGUGAGCUCUGCAAGCCGAAUGAGUUUGACAAGUACAAGAUGUUCAUCGGGGACUUGGACAAGGUGGUAAACCUGCUGCUCUCCCUCUCAGGGCGCCUGGCCCGUGUGGAAAACGUCCUUAGCGGCCUCGGGGAAGAUGCCAGUAAUGAAGAAAGGAGCUCCCUCAACGAGAAGAGGAAGGUCCUGGCUGGGCAGCACGAGGAUGCCCGGGAGCUCAAGGAGAACCUGGAUCGGAGGGAGCGUGUAGUGUUGGACAUCCUGGCCAACUACCUGUCAGAGGAGCAGCUCCAGGAUUACCAGCAUUUCGUGAAAAUGAAGUCAACACUCCUCAUUGAGCAGCGAAAGCUGGACGACAAGAUCAAGCUAGGCCAGGAACAAGUCAAGUGUCUGCUGGAGAGCCUCCCGUCUGAUUUCAUUCCCAAGGCAGGGGCCUUGGUUCUGCCCCCAAACCUGGAGAGUGAAACGGCUCCUGUUGGGGGGUGUACUUUAAGUGGUAUUUUUCCAACAUUAACCUCCCCACUUUAACCUCUUCUAAAACACCCAACCAAAAGAUCACCCUUUCUCUCAACACUAUUUAGUCUGAAAAAUGUUUCAGUACAAACCACCAUUUAAACUCUAUGGGUUAUUGGGGUUUUUCUGGAUGAAAGGAAAACAAACAAACUAUCCAGGAAAAAGCCUGUUUCUUCCUUCUCACCCUACAUGAUUGAUCUGAGAGCUUGAAUGCUGCUGGGAACUUACUCCUUUCUAUGAUCACUUUCUAGUAGAAGGAAAAUUAAUGAAACUGUGAGAACCGAUGGGAGGGCGUUCGAUUUAGUUUUUAACAGGCUGAGGCAACAUAAUGAGUGUCACCCUCAGGAAUGUAUUCACAGUGGCCUUCCUUGCUUGUGGGUGGUAUAUCUUGACAACAGGUAUAAGAACUCAUUAAUGAAGGGUCUGCAACAUAAAGCCUUAAAGAGAAACACCCACAGAAGAAAACUGUAAAACCUUGAACAUUGUCGUUAUUUAUAUUUUUUAAAAUGAGAAAGAUCAUUAUGUUUGUGUGCUAACCACUUAUUUGAUUCUGUUUUGUGGUGGACAUAGGCAGUUAUGUUUGAGCUUUGUACUUUGUGAAAACCUUAAUGAAAUGAAGAAUUCCAAAGAUAA